AAGCUUAUUGGCUUUUUUCCCCGUCCGUUCCAACAGAGAGAGUACCACCCACUUCAGCUCUCUCUCUUACUGGCUCGCACUCUCUCUCUCCAAAGUUUGCCAAAAAUGGCGGAUUACAUGGAGCACAAUGCUGACGGCAUCCCUGGUGGUCGCCGCAUUUCAAGGUCACAUUCGCCGGGACCAACUCGCCGUGCACUGCUCCCUCCUAGAGAGACGCCGUACGUCGUUCCUCGGGGAGUUAAAAGCCGAUUAACAACUGCGAGCGGUGAAGAAUGUGGAACUAUGCUGUACGUAUCCAACUUGGGAUAUAGGGUUUCUGAAGAAGACAUUAGAGUUCUGUUUUCAGCUAUUGGUGAGUUGAAGAGUUAUGCUAUCCACUGUGAUAAAAGUGGAAGAUCUAAGGGAACUGGAGAAGUUGUGUAUUUUCAGAAAUCGGAUGCUUUGAUGGCAAUAAGAAAAUACAACGAUAUACCACUUGAUGGGAAACCAAUUAAGAUUGAAGAAGUUGGAAAGAUCAACUUUGAAGUUCCUGCAUGGCCUCCAAUGACUGGAAUUGCUCUGGGAAAUUAUCCCAAAGGAUCAUCUUUUGAGUGUGUACCACCAAGGAGAUAUGGUGCUGACAAUAGUGCAAGAGAAAACCAAGGUUUCUCAAGACAUGCUGGAAGUUAUAAUCGGAGCAAGCCACAAAAAUCUGCUGGAGAUGAGCACAACUGGAGGGAGAAAAGCAACAUUCAGAAAAAAAAGGUCACUACUACUGUUGCUGAGCUAGAUGCUGAUCUGGAGAGGUAUCGUUUGGGAGCUAAGAGUAACUGAUAUCCAGCCUGUUUAUGAUAGACUCAGAUGCAUUGUGGUUAUAACCAAUGGUUAGUUGGCCAUGUAUAUAGCUAGACUCAAUCAGCUAGCUAGGCAUAUGUCCGUUAGUUAACGUUUGCUGUAAUAUGACCUUGAGUCUCUAGGCACUGAUGGAUUUAGCUGGUCUCGCAAUCUUCAUGCAAGAAUGACAUAAAAAUAGUAGAAUUACCUCUUUUCAACACGCUUUGGGACAGAAAGUAUAUGAACUGGCUUUGUGGCCCAGGUCACCAUUUAGAAGAACUCUUAUGCUUUAAUCGCUAUGAACGUAAUACUUAUUGUAAAAAAUGUACAAUAAAUAGCAUUUUGAUA